UUAUUCGCAGUUGUCUCUCUCACUCUCUCUUCCGACUUUAUAUGUGUGUAUUGUAUUUUACACACGAUGCGAAGAGUGUGUGGUAAUAACUGGUAAGAGAGAGAAAGAGAGAGACAGGAGAAAGAGAUAGAAGACGCAUAUAUACAUGUCUGCGGGGAACUGUGCGGCUAUAUAACACUGUAGUUAUGCGUAUACAAAAUUUUUGCUCCGUAUAGAGCAGCAUUGCCAGUCUCGCUCGGGAGCAAUCGUGUGCGACGACACCCAGAAUCGGAUACGUGCGCUGCCUGCCACUGUUAGCUGCUGCUGCAAUUUCUUUUUGCACGACGUCGCGGCUUUCAUAAUUACGACGCGCCUACACACAUUAUAUGUAGACGGGAGGAAGCUGGUGGCCACACACAGCACGCGAUAAUCCCGCGAGUACACGUGCCCAAUUAUAUAGUAUCGCGUAAUAUUAUCGCCGCUGCCACUGUGCAGGCCACUAACACACACGAUCGAUCCGCGAGUGCAUUAUAAUAAUAUAAUAACCGAUGGCAGAACGGUGAUGCGCGAAUUAUUAUCGUGUCGCGUUCGCGGAUCGUACAAGAGGACGGCGCCUCGUCUUGUGGUCUAUCGAUAAAAUAAAUAAUUAAUUGAAAGUAUCGUCAGUGCAGUACGAGAAAAAUAUUUAAUAAUAAACAAGGCUACAUGUAAACCUCGUCGUCCCCGUCGUCGUCUUCGUCGUCGCUCGGCCUCUUGUGUGUGCAGUGCAGUCAUGUCGUCGAAUAAUCUGGAGAAAAAGAUCAUGAGCCUGCAAGAGAAGCUACGCGAGCAAAAGGAAAGGCCGCAGCAACUGCAGUCGGAAAACGUUUGCAGCAAUAUUCAGCAGCUACCGCAGCAGAUUCAGCAACGACAACAACCCAACCCCUUGGUCAUGAGUCCCGCCCGCCCAAGGCCCAAACAAUUGGGCGAUAUCGGAACUCCCACAAAAUCGAGGAGGCAACUGGACUUGCCACUAUCAGGGUCGUUUUUGCCAUCAGAGUACAAAAAGAACGUAAACGAAGCUGAAUCAAAAAUGUCAGAUAUCAUGAAAAUGAGCGGUAUACUCACCAUUAAUGGUCAAAAAUAUCACACGAAAAUGGAUGAUUUGGAACAUUUGGGAGAAUUGGGUAAUGGCACUUGUGGUCAUGUGGUGAAAAUGAGACAUAAGCCCAGCGGAGUUGUUAUAGCUGUAAAACAGAUGAGGAGGUCUGGCAAUGUUGAGGAAAACAAAAGGAUAAUCAUGGAUUUAGAUGUAGUGCUUAAAUCACAUGACUGUCCAUACAUUGUUCAAUGUUUUGGUUGUUUUAUAACUGAUUCAGAUGUGUGGAUCUGCAUGGAACUUAUGGUGACGUGUCUGGAUAAAUUAUUAAAAAGGUGUAGACAGGCUAUCCCUGAAGACUUUUUAGGAAAAGUUACAGUAGCUACGGUGAAAGCCUUAUCGUACCUGAAAGAAAAACAUGGAGUUAUUCAUAGAGAUGUAAAACCCAGCAAUAUUUUGCUGGAUGAAUGUGGAGGUGUAAAACUAUGUGAUUUUGGUAUAUCUGGUCGAUUAGUUGAUAGUAAAGCAAAAACAAGGAGUGCUGGUUGUGCAGCAUAUAUGGCACCUGAACGGAUAGAUCCUCCAGAUCCUACCAAACCUGAUUAUGACAUCAGAGCGGAUGUUUGGAGUCUAGGUAUUACAUUAGUAGAAUUAGCCACUGGAGUAUUUCCUUACAGAGAUUGCAAGACUGAUUUUGAGGUUCUGAGCAGGGUUGUUCAAGAUGAUCCUCCAACUUUGCCUUGCAAUCCUCCUAUGUUUUCACCAGAAUUUCAUAAUUUUGUCAGUUGUUGUCUUACUAAAAAUUAUAAGCAACGACCAAAGUAUAAUAAAUUAUUGGAACAUCCAUUUAUUAAAAAAUAUGAAGCCCAAGAAAGUAUGCUUCCAUCAAUUUCACCUGGAUGUCAUUGGUUCUUUCAAACCAUGCGAAAACUUGAACCAAAUUUCAGAGGACCUUCUGAACAAGCUCAGCGGCAGUAUCAACCAGAUCAGCAAUUACAGCAACAGAAGCAGUUUCAACCAGGCAACGGUCACGUCUCGUUGAAGCAAUCGACCUUGUUGAAGCAACAGUUACGACAACAAGUGCAACAGCAGAGCACAGCUCCAAAAGAGCCAAAUACGUCGAGCGCCACGCCGCGAAGCACAUUGAUGCAACAGCCAGAAAUCAACAGCGGCUACAUUCCGUACAGUCCUUACGCGCUGCGCCGACGAGACAUGAUCACGCGACCUUAUUCGCCGGCCUCGGGUCAAGUGUUGAGCAACCUUCAACGCUCCUACUCGCCAGCGUCGUGUCGCUUGCAAGCUUCGGAAGACUCCUGCGACGCGACGACGACGGCGUCGAGACCUUACUCGCCUUAUUCCGGCGUAACGAGCUUGACCGACGCCGAGGCUCGACCUUACUCGCCUUACUACAGUAGCAGCAUCACCAGCAGUGGCUGUCGAAGAGAAAGCAGCAGAGACAGGUGGAUGCAGCAUCAGCACACGGGUCCGCGUUCGCUCAGCCCCUUCGCCCGAGAUUACUCGCCUUGGAGGCGAGAGAACGUCGAUCCCCCGGUUAUACAGCUGCCAGCCGCGAGCGAGAGAUACCACGUAACGCCAGUGCAUCAACCGAGAAUUUCUCAGCAGACACAGCAUCACUAUCAACAACAGCAGCAGCAGCAACCCAGGAUACAUCCCGCCGUGGCUCACGUCAUGCAAGUCAACAGGAACGACGCUUAUGCUAGUCCGAUAAUGAGCAGGAAAAGGUACACCUCAGAACCGCUUUGUCAUCAGCAGCAGCAACACGACCAACAGAUGCAGCGUAACACGCCCAGUCCUCAGCUUUUGCUUUCGAGAUUUGCUCAUCAAAUGAAGCAAGAACCGCCACCGACACCGAGUAUGAUGUCUCAACAGGCACACCUGGCCAGCAAGGAGUCAGCUAAAAAGCGCUUUGCUGGUUACAUGCGCCUGAGGAUUGGCAGCGAUCGCGAGGCUUCCCCAGAACCACCUCCUAGGUUCAAUCGCGUCGAUUCGCCACUGCUUCUGAGGAGAAACGUCAGCGAGCAGGCCUCUCCUUUCUUCCCUCGAAGAUACGUUUCGCCUUCGCCACCAGUGCCACCUCCUCGUCGCUUGUCUGAAAGCAGCUCUGUACCUGGAAGUCCUCAGCAUUUGUAUACACGACUCUUGCAUUACACCCCCGAACCUCAGCGGAGAUCUCAGCAAUCGCCUCCAUAGCAUAGCGUUUUUGGCGGGAAAUUCUCGCCACUGCCAUAUCUACGCUCGCGAUUUCUUCAACGCAAACUUAAUCCUCAAACGGGUCGAAGCUAAUUUAUAUAAAACACCGAUUUUCUAAAUUCAAAUUAAUGUAAAUGGUCAAUGAGAUGUUUGAGAGAUUUAUGCUUACGCAUAGAGCAUUUGCUACUCUUCUCUAAAAGUACUAUUCACGACAAAGCUUGCACGUGAUGGUACGUAAGUGUCACUAGUAUGAAUCACUAUUCAUAAACGUUUUUAAACCUUUUCAUAAUUGUGUGAUCGUGUUUAAUUGUGAAUUCAAUCGCGGAGUUGUAUACACAAACAAACUCAAUGGUAAUCGUGUAUAGGCUUUCGUAAUUAAUGUUCUUUAACCGUUUUUAUACUGUGCUUGUUAUAAAAAAAAAACAAAAAACAAAACAAAACAAAAUGUGUAUAACGACAAAUGAUAUUUCUAUUAUUGUACACAUACAUAAAAAAAAAUUGAUGGAUUGUAAAUGGCGCGUUCUAAAAAUGUUUUUCUAAAGAUUAGAAAAACAACUAAAAUGAGUUUUUUCAAGUCCUUUGAAAGUGUAAACUGUUCCUAUUAUAAAUGAAUAAAUAAUUCCUAUUAUUUGCGCAUCCCAAUAAAAUUUUAUGUAUAGAAUUGAUAUUUGCCGUUUUUACACAAAAUUUAGCAUUCUAAAUUGUGAUUGUUUUGCUCAAAAUAUCACACUUGGUUGCAAUUUUAAAAUUUAUUAAUGCUAAUCUUACCAAUAUAAAUAUUGUUGAUGUUUAUUAGUUGUUUAGCUAUGCAAAAUACGAUAAUUUUUUACUCGCAAUCAAUUGCCACGCCUUUUUGAUCCUCAUUUUAAUAUGAUAUAUCAAUGUUUGUUAGAAAAGUAUUGAUUUUAAUGUAAAUUCUUUAUGCGAUGAAUUUUAGCCAAACGCUUGGAAUGAAAUCCUAAUGUUGUUUUAGAAAAAAUAAAUAAAUAUAUUUGCUUCAAAGCAUGGGCUUUCGAUAUUAAUU